UUUUAUUUUGAAAUGUGAUCAUACGUCACAACAACCCCAUAACCGGAAACUUCAUUCUAUGCUUUCAUUAUGUCGAGGUUCAAAACAGUAAUUUGGCCUAAAGUCAUUUUAUUUGGGGACUCCAUCACACAGUUUUCAUUUCAAGCCAAUGGUUGGGGUGCAGAAAUUGCAAACAAACUAGCAAGAAAGUGUGAUGUUGUAAACAGAGGACUGUCCGGCUACAACUCAAGAUGGGCUAAGAUAGUUCUUCCCCGCCUCCUCGACAGCCCAAACUCAGCAGACAACAACAUAGCUGCAGUCACGGUCUUCUUUGGAGCCAACGACUGUGCACUGGAAGAUAAAAAUCCCCAACAGCACGUCCCUCUGCAGGAGUAUUCGGAGAACCUAAAGGAAAUCACCAGGCUUCUGGCUUCAGCUGGAGUUUCAGCAGACAGAGUUAUCUUCAUCACCCCUCCACCUGUUCAUGAGCCAGCCUGGGAGAAGGAGUGCAUUCUGAAAGGAUGUCCACUCAAUCGCCAUAACUCUGCAGCGGGGCAGUAUGCCCAGGCAUGUGUCCAGGCUGCCAGUCAGUGUGGUACAGACGUCCUGGACCUCUGGACACUCAUGCAGAAAGAUGGACAGGACUACACUGUCUAUCUGUCGGACGGGCUGCAUCUCUCACAGAAGGGAAACCAGUUUGUGUCACAGCACCUGUGGGAGCUGCUGGAGAGUCGGGUAGCUGAUCUGCCCUUCAUCCUGCCUUACUGGGGAGACGUGGACGCCAAUAGUCCUGAGAGCAGCCUCCUCUGUAACCAGUGAAGGAGAGGAUGUUGGCUUUGAAAAAUAUUUUCAAGAUCCUACAGGGCUGGAUAUUCUGUGAAAAACAAAACACUCACGAGCACUCCUUUGUUGCACUUGUUGGAAAUGUCCAAGUGAAUGAAUGAAGCAGUUGUGUUUGCCAGUAUGUCAAAUGUGAGACCAUGUAUUAAUGUUUAAAAUGCAGAAUAAAGAUUUUUAUUUUGAGAUGCGUGUAGGUAACGCAAGCGAGAAACUUAAAAAAGAAAAACAUUAAGAAUAGACACAUCAGAAUAUGACACAAAACAUCUGCUUAUUGUGUAACCGUUCAACAUCAACCUUUUUUCUUGACCUACAGUUAAAUACAUAUAUAACACAUUUACAAUUAACAUGUGGCACAGCAGGCAACAGUGGUGAAACAGCAUAUAACAACACAACAGAGUGAGGCGCAUAAGUCACAUUGUCACAUGGACAGAAAAAGCAUAAAAACAUUUGUACGUCAGAAAGUUUUUUUUUUUAAAUUCAUUUCCAGAUUGUCCAGUUUUAUGUUUGACUAGUAGAAGUUUACUUUCAGAAAUCAAAGUUGACUUGGAACGGUUAGGCACUAACUCAGACAAGGCACCAUGUUUCAUACACACUAUAACCUUAAAGUUUCAACAGCACGACGAAUGAAAUACGGAAUAGACUCCCACUCGUCCCUGCACAGUAUUAAAAUGUUGCAUCAUAAGUACAAAGGGGUCAAAAGAUUAUACAAGCCUACAAUUUAAAAAAAAACUAAAAAAUAAAAACUGACAGCACAGUAAGAACAUGUAAAACGCAUUUCAAUGCUCCAGUGAUGUGAAAAAUACUUCAAGUGUAGAUAUGACAGAUUCAAGAUAAAACUCGGUUUAAAGUCAACGUUUGUUACUCAAUAUAUCACACUAAAAAAUUAUUGUAACUACAGAAUUAAUAUAUUUAAUCAUUUGACUGUUAGUGCUAUGAAGACAGUACUUUGAACAAACAUUUAGGGGAGAAAAGGCCAGGCUGAGCCUGUUUGCGUGAGGCUUCUUUUUACACACUGGCCAAAUUAGAUAGCGCUUUGGCAUCGAUGUGUGUCAUUUUUGUUUUUUGUAUAUAUGUUUUUAUAUUGCAUAUUCAGAAACCAUUUAGCCAC